AUGUUUGCUGCACUACUCAUAACUACACCCCCUCUAUCUGACCGCAAAAGAAUCACUUGCAUUAAAGUAAUCCCCGAGCAUUAUCCGAUGGGAGGACGGGACUGGACGGCGGUGAGAGGUGCUAAGACCCCCCGAAUUAAGCCGGAUUGCGGACUAAGUGCUCUCCCUAGCCCGAACGCCAAUCCUCUACAAGGUAUUAGUUGA